GAUGUUUGAAGUUCUGAGCGUUCAGUUCGAGUUGUUUCAUCGCCGUGUGCGAAAGCAGCCUUUGCGUGUCCAAGCAAUAUUUCUUCACUUCAACAGAACCGAUCGAAGGCGCGUAACAUUUUUCUAAUGUGAAGUCUAUUCCGCUGUGCUCUUUGCUUUUGAAAUCCAUUAGUAUUCGUAGAAUGUCCGUCAGUGAACUUAACAAGUGCGUGUGCGUCAGUUCGGUUGGUGUUGUUGCUGUUCUUUUUGUACUGUGCCUAAAAUCACACUACAGCGAAGCAGUCACCACAACGAAUCGCAGCUUUGCUUACGCCAAGGCGCAGGCUAUAAAGAAAGCUGGCGGCAGUCCAGGUACAAGCUCGUAUUUUAGACGCGACCCCUAUGGUCCAAAUACAUAUGCUUUUGGCUUUGAAGUGAGCGACAAUCGUACUGGCAAUAUACAAUUCCGCGACGAACGGCGUUACGUGAAUGGCAGUGUCGAAGGCUCGUUUGGGCAUGUCCGACCGGAUGGACGUGUGAUUGUGACACACUUUUUGUCAGACAACGAGCGAGGCUUCCUGCAUGAAACGCGCACCUUCGAGGCAGGCGACACUCAGCGCUGGCAGGCACAUUGGCCUACGAAGAGGCCAGUUAUACUCUUGCAACAUCCGCAGGGUAUGCCAAUAGGUGCAGUGAUUUAUGACAAGAAUUUGCAUUUGAAUGUGACCAGCAGUAAGGUCCCGGAGCAUUUGGCAAAUGCGAUCAAAGACCAACAUGGAAUCGAAGUUGCGAAUGCGAGCGCUUUUGUUGGCGAUGAUUUUGGGAAUCCACUCAUACAGGGCAUUAUCCACGGUGAAGUACCGUUGGAGGUCGUGCCAGGGAAAACGGAUGAUCACAUAGGUUUUGAAUCGGUGCAUGACUAUUUGCCUUCGGAUUUCACAAUUGUACCCUUUGAAUUGCCACCAACGUUGAGCACCGCGACUGUGCCAGCUAAAGGCGCUAAUCAAACAAAAAUUAUAGCGGAGAAGCAGAAGAAGGAGAACAAGUACAAUGAAGCCAAAGCAAAUAAUGCGGAAAAAUCCUUGAAAGUGGAAAGGCUUGAGAACAGCACUUUAGCUGCAAAUAAUACCAAGUUGAAGGUGGAGCCAAAAGUGGAAGUUGUCAGAAUCAAAUCUAAAUCUAAUCCAACGAAUCAAACUUUGCCGUUGAACGCCGGCCCGAAUGGUACUUGGUAUUGGCAACUUAUUGACCAGACAAGAAAUGAUUUUUUGAAUAAUCUGCCCGAUAAACCGGAGAAGUAACACAAAGAGGGACAUGAAAAAUGCAAUAAACAGUUUCUAGUUCUCUUAAGACAUUUUCACUCUUUAAUAUUGAAAUUAGACAUAAGUUUAAUGCACGUAAAAUACAAAAUUUAUGAAUUUUA